AUGAAGGUGCUCCCCGCGUCUGGCCUUGCUGUGCUCUUCGUCACGGCUCUGAAGUUCUCCACCGCAGCCCCCUCCCCACCUGCAGCCACCCCCAGGACCUCAAGAAACAACUACCACCUGGCACAGGCCUAUCUUGACAAGUAUUACACCAGGAAGGGAGGCCACCAGCUCGGUGAGAUGGCCGCGCGAGGAGCCAGUUCCCUGGUCAAGAAGAUCAAGGAGCUGCAAGCCUUCUUCGGCCUCCGAGUCACGGGCAAGUUGGACCGGUCCACGAUGGACGUGAUCAAGAGGCCCCGAUGCGGAGUUCCCGACGUGGCAAACUACCGCCUCUUCCCAGGUGAACCCAAGUGGAAAAAAAAUACUCUGACCUACAGGAUAUCCAAGUACACACCAUCCAUGGCGGCCGCUGACGUGGACAAGGCAGUGGAGAUGGCCUUGCAGGCCUGGGGCAGCGCUGUCCCCCUCACCUUCGUCAGGGUGACUUCGGGAGAAGCGGACAUCAUGAUAUCUUUCGAAAGCGGAGACCACGGGGACUCCUAUCCGUUUGAUGGGCCUCGAGGGACCCUAGCCCAUGCAUUUGCACCUGGAGAAGGUCUGGGAGGGGACACGCAUUUCGACAAUGCCGAGAAGUGGACUAUGGGAAUGAAUGGUUUCAACUUAUUCACCGUAGCUGCUCACGAAUUUGGCCACGCACUGGGCCUGGCGCAUUCCACAGACCCAUCGGCACUGAUGUACCCGACCUAUAAGUACCAGCAUCCCUACGGAUUCCACCUGCCCAAGGACGAUGUGAAAGGGAUCCAGGCCCUGUAUGGACCCCGGAAAACAUUCCCGGGAAAGCCCACCGUGCCGCACGCCCCACCUCAAAGUCCAUCCACCCCCGACCUCUGUGACUCCAGCUCGUCCUUUGAUGCCGUGACGAUGCUUGGGAAGGAGCUCCUGUUCUUCAGGGACCGGAUUUUCUGGCGUCGUCAGGUGCACAUGAUGGCUGGGAUCCGGCCCAGCACCAUUACCAGCUCCUUCCCCCAGCUUAUGUCCAACGUGGACGCAGCUUAUGAAGUGGCCGAGAGGGGCACCGCCUACUUCUUCAAAGGCCCCCACUACUGGGUAACAAGAGGAUUCCAGAUGCAAGGUCCUCCUCGCACUAUUUAUGACUUUGGCUUCCCAAGGUAUGUACAGCGAAUAGAUGCUGCCGUCUACCUCAAGGAUGUGCAGAAGACCCUUUUCUUUGUCGGAGACGAAUACUACAGCUAUGACGAACGAAAAGGCAAAAUGGAAAAAGACUACCCAAAGAAUACUGAAGAGGAAUUUUCAGGAGUUAAUGGCCAGAUAGAUGCUGCUGUGGAAUUAAAUGGCUACAUUUACUUCUUUUCAGGACCCAAAGCGUACAAGUAUGACACAGAGAAGGAAGAUGUGGUCAGUGUGCUGAAAUCUAGCUCCUGGAUUGGCUGCUAG